AUGUGCCCCAGGGGUGCGCCCCCAGCCGCCUUCAUCGACUUCAACACCGCCCGCGAGUACCAGCCAAACAUGGGCUUCUUUGUGGCGGCGGACGGGGCGCACAGGGUGUCGCGGCUGCUGCCCGCUGCUGCGCUCGUGACCUACGCGCCCCCCGGCAGCUUCUACCAGGACCACCCUAUCGUGGAUGAUGUCAAGGUGACACUGGACUACGACCUCACCGCACCCCUGGCAGCACCACGGUGGCUCGACGGCUUCCAGCACUUUGUGGGGGCGCCCUACUCCCCCGGCCUCUGUGUCGUGGUGGACGUGCGCUACGUCGUGCCGGCUGCCGGCGGCAGCGCCCCCGCGGGCUGGGCGCUGCUGCCGGUGUUUGAGCGGUGCGGCGCCUUUGUCGCCAGCGGCACCUACCACUUGCCGCUGUUCCAGGGUGUCCCUGGGUCCACCCUGCUGGCUGAGGUGGCGGCCAGGGGUGACCCCCACGCAGUCAUGGUGGCGCAGAUCAAGUCCGGCCGCAUCCGGCCCAGCCUGGACUUUGCGUCCGUGACAGUCCGGCUGAGGUGUGCGACGCGCGCCGGGCAGCUUGAGUCUCCCGCCUGGGCGGCGCCGCUGCCUUCGCUGCGGCUGCCGCGUUACGUGGUGGCAGGGCUGGGGUCGAAGCACGUGGCUGAGAUGAGGCGGGUCGUCAAAAAUAAGACCUACAGCCAGGCCAAGCCCCAGGCCCUGACCGAUGACCAGUGGGUGGACCAGAUCAAUGACGCCGUCAUCAAGGCCGCGGGGCUGGAGGGGGAUGACGACGGCGGGCUGCAGGGCGGCGGCGAGGAGGCGCGAGAGGAGGAGCGGGGGGCCGCAGCGGGCGGCGAGGUUGAGGGCGCAGCAGAAUGA